AUGGAGUGUUUCGUUGAAAAUAACAAGUCUCCAAACUAUAAAGAAAUUGUAGCUAACAUGGUCGAAAAUGAUAAAAAACUGGGAUGCAAUAUGAGCGACAAACUUCAUUUUUUGGAUUCCCACGUUGACUAUUUUCCCGAAAUUCUUGGAGCUAGAAAAAAGGUUCCAUCAAUAUAUAAAGGAGAUGGAGGGACGUUACCAAGGAAGAUAAGAUAUUAUAAUGAUGGCUGA